ACCUUCUCCUGCUCUGCAGAAACUCGGGAGAAACAGGACACUUAAAAUGGACGGCUUCAUCGUUUAUCAGUAUAUUAUUCAUUAUACUGUGUACAUUUAUUAACUGUCACUUGGCGAUCACACGCAGAGACCGCUAAAAGAUUUACACGCAAGAAAGUAGAUUAGACAAGUAUUUGGCAUAUUGUGAGAAAAAGUCGGACUACUUGGUCAACCACAUUUCAAAUGUGACGUCACGUGUGAAUAGUUUCUAAAUUCUGCGUAGUUUUUUACCCCAAGUUUUUGCUAUACUAUUUUAAGCCGUUCGCAGGUUGCAAUCUAGUGCGCAACAAUGUUUUAUCGAGUUUUCCCUAUGUUUUUGCAUCUUGUCCUUUUGAGCGAGGGGGUUCUGGCAGCCAGGACAUCCAGGAAAACUACCCGAAGUCGUUCGUGUCUUGAUUUACCGGAGGAGAUCCUGGAACAAAUGUUCGGACGACUUUCGGUCGGUGUCCUUAGCGCAUUCCACCAUACUCUGCAGCUGGCGCCGCUGGAGAGACAAAAUCUGACCUGCCCAUCCGCUGGCCGCCCGGUUCCCGAUAGAAAGUCCCGGAUCCCAGUGAACUUUCUCAGCCUCUCUCCAUGGGCAUACAGGAUUUCCCACGACCCAGCAAGGUACCCCCGGUUCAUUCCAGAAGCUUACUGUUUAUGUAAAGGUUGCCUGACGGGUCCCUUCGGACAGGAGAGUGACCAGUACCGUAGCACCCCGGUCUAUAUGCCGUCCGUCAUCUUGCAACGCACUGGCUCCUGCGUGGGGGGUCGUCAUUCCUACACCGAGAGCUAUGUCUCCAUCCCAGUGGGCUGCACGUGCGUCCCGCUGCUGGCGAAAGACAGGGACGUACAGACUAGCAACCAGAGUCUGGAACGAGCGCAGGCCAAACCGCUCAUCAAUGAUAAGAACGUUUAACGAACAGUAUAGGCCGUGUGCGUCAAGAGGAACCCUAUAAGAAGAUGUUGGAAUAGAGUUGUGUAAUAUAUGCCUGCGCCAAUACUAAUACUUUCCCCCCUUCUCCUUACCACGGCAGACUUAGUAGCCAGUCGUUCAUCAAUUCAAAAGCCAAACUGCACUUAUCUACAUACACUGCCACCUGGAGAGGAACUAGAUUUCCCAUUUGUGCCAAAAUGUUUCUAAAAGGUUUCAUAGUCGUGUAGUGUCCUAUAAGAACAUAUUCUGCAAACACUUCCCCCAGUUUUUUUCCUUUCUUUCUUGACUGCACAGCUAUCAGUCCAGCAACUAUAGUUGCUGGUGGGCAAAUAGGCCUACGUUGUACGCACCCCUCCAAUGUCAAAUUUGAAUAGGAGAACAUUUGGCAUCUAAUUAAAAAUAACUGCUUUCAGUUGACCCCAUCUUUAUUCAUAAACACAUUUAGUAUAAAAGUGUAAGAACAUUGUCUGCUAACCCCAAAAAGCUGCCUCUAGCUUAUAAUCUUUUGAAUAUGAAAACACAAACAUUUCAAAAUCUUCUUGAAUACAUGGGGAUUUAAACAGUCAACAACAAACCCAUUUGUCUGGGUAUAACAGUGGUAUAACAUAGUACAGCACAAAAUGCAGACAUUAAGUUGCCCCAACAGGCCACUGUGUAUCAAAAAGUUAAAUGAAAAUAAAUUGAAGAGAAAAUUAUUAAAAUUCAUAAUAGGAAGUUGUCUCGUGUCGUACCUGUUCUACCUUUCCAUCUAUCUUUCUCCCUCUGUUCCUCUC